AUGACGGUCCCAGAAGACUUUCCCUCCCUUGCCGUGGCAAUUCUUUCAGUGGUCCUGGCGAACAUGAAGUGUCCUGGGAUGGCAUUCAAGGAGAUCCUUUCUAGUAGACCGGUAGACCUUUUGAAAAGGAUGCUGGAUAACAGCAAUAAAGAUCUCAUUGCACAAGUUGACCAUUGCUACCCUUGUGGGAAGUCUAAGGGUGGUGGGAUGAUUCUUCCGUUCCUCUGCGGAGCUUUUCGCUGUCGUCUCAUGCCUCGUUUCUCCAACUGUGCAGGAAAACCAAGAUGUGAAAGCACACCUGACCUGAUGUUACUGAUAAACCUCAAGUCCAGGUCCAUGUUUGACGUAUCAAGCCAAAUAGCACCGUCCCUGUGGUUGGAGCUGAACAACAGGAACAAAGCAAGAGUGAUCAAAGUGAUCAUCUUGUCACCUGGGAGAAAAGAUGCAGCAGCUCUACAAAUUCCUCCAUAUCCUGCCUUAACUAAGGAUAGAAGUCAAGGAAAGCUGCCAGGAGCAGAUAUGUUGAACCAGGACCAAGAAUCUAUGACAUUUGAGGAUGUAGCUGUGAACUUCACUAACAAGGAGUGGCAGAGGAAGUGUCUGACCUACUCACAAAAGGAUCUUUACAAAGAUGUGAUGUUGGAAAUUUAUGACAACAUAAUAUUCCUUGGACUUCUGUUUCCUAAACCUCCUUUGAUCUCCCAUCUGGAGCAAAGACCCAAGCCUUGUAAUCAGCAUCCACAGGAUGAGGAGUGCCCGAGCUGCACCUCUCCAGUGUCAACUGACAAGCCAUGGCCUGAGAAGGAGAAGACAAGUUUAGAACAAGAGAUUUUUGAAAACCAAGAAGUCUGCUGCGUAAAACAUGACAAAAAUCUUCUUAACAUUAUUGCUGAAGAUCUUGCAGCUAGAGGGGUGUGUAUACAAGAUGACCAGCUAGAGAAUCGAGGGGAUGUGCCCAGAAGAGAGAAAUUGAGAAAAGAAAGAGAAGGCUCUGGGGAAUUAACCUUCAAGAAACCAAAGAACAAGACGGUACUUAGGCACAACUUCAAUCCAAACUCUAAAUGUAUUCUAUAUGAUAACAUCCAUACAGCCCAAAAAUGUCAUGAAUGUACCCACUGUGGCAAAAAAUUCAUCUGGCAUUCAGAGCUAAUCCUCCAUGAGAGAACGCAUUCUGGUGAGAAACCUCACGUGUGUACAGAGUGUGGGAAAGCAUUCAAGACCAGAAAGCAGUGUUCUAUGCACCAGGUAAUCCACACAGGGGAGAAACCCUUUGGCUGCACUCAGUGUGAGAAGGCCUUUAACAGCAGAUCAGCUCUUGGUCGACAUAAGAAAACCCACAGUGGGGAGAAGCCCCAUGAGUGCCAGGAUUGUGGGAAAGCCUUCAAGACCAGGAACCAUCUCAGUAUCCAUCACAUGAUCCACACUGGGAAGAAACCUUACAUAUGCAAUGACUGCAGGAAGUCCUUCCAGUUCAAGCAUGCUCUUACCAUCCACAGCAGAAUCCACACUGGAGAGAAGCCAUACGAAUGUGAGAAGUGUGGGAAGGCUUUCAGUGGGAGUUCAGUUCUCACCAAACACUCAAGAAUCCACACCGGCGAGCGACCUUAUGAGUGUAACCAAUGUGGGAAAGCCUUCUGUCGGAGCUCAGACCUAAGCAAACACAAACGAAUUCACUCUCAGGAGAAACACUUUGGGUGCCCGCAGUGUGGAAAAUCCCUCCGUAUGAAGGCAGAGCUCAGCCGACAUAGCAAGAUCCACAGCAAAGAGAAACCUUACAAGUGUGAGCAGUGUGGGAAAGCCUUUCGCCAUAACAGUAAGCGCAAGGCUCAUGAGCGGGAACACACAGGGGGAAAGCCCUAUCCAUGUGGGGAUUGUGGGAAAACAUUCCAGGACCGCCACUGCCUUGCCAUCCAUCAAAGGAUCCACACUGGAGAGAAACCUUAUAAGUGCUUAGAGUGUAGCAAAGCUUUCAGCUGGAAGUCAAACUUGACCCAUCAUCGCAGAAUCCACACUGGGGAAAAACCUUACAAAUGUGAGGUGUGUGGAAAGGCCUUUCAUCAUAGUUCAGUGCUGAGGCAGCACCAAAGAAUCCACACAGGCGAGAAGCCAUGCACCUGUGAUGCGUGUGGCGCUGCGUUCCGCCAGUGUUCAGCGCUCAUUGGACAUAAGCGAGUUCAUACCAGAGAGGAACCUUACAAGUGUAAGGAGUGUGGAAAAGCUUUCAGAGUGAGCUCCAGUCUUAGUGUACAUAAGAAAAGAAAACAUGGAGUUCAGAGAACACAUGAGCUUGAUCAGAGUAGAAAAUCUCUCCAGUGA